AUGCCUUCGCUCUUUCAACUCAUCAGACUCUCGCUCUACGGCGCUGUCUUGCUCGCAACGUUAAUAUGUUUGGCCAUGGCCGGACACUUCCAGGGUGUAUUGGCAUCUUCCGAUCUCACUAAAUUCGUACCAUUUGCCCUGUUCGUGUGCUCAGUCGGUCUUGUGUUCACCUUGGUCCUACUUGGGGCAGCAGUGUUUCUCCGCGAACGAAGCCCAAUUUCAACCAGACUCGAGCUUUCAGCGUUAGGAUUCAAUGGAAUUCUUUGGCUGGCUCUGGGAAUCUUUUUGGCUACUUCGGACUCACAGACCGCGGAUGUAGAGUGCUUUGCGUCUGAGUCGUCGACUCAAGUGCUCGAUGAGUCGGCUUCCGAAUUUCAAACCGACCAAUUUCAUGCCAUGUACCAUGUCCUUACGGCCUUUUCACUGAUCAAUGCUGUUCUGACGUUGUUUGCAUUUAUUGCCCUAUUAUCAUUCGCCCUGCGCUGCCACAUCAAUGGAGACACCCACAUGUGGUACGGCCCAGUAACGGCCGGGAUGUUCAACAACUACAGUAAACCGACCAAGUCUUCCUCUCACCGUCGGGCGUCAUCCAAACCGAUUCUUCCUACCACCGCCUUUACAGAGAAACCCACUAAGCGCAGCGCUUCCAAACACCGACCCAACCAUUCCUCCAGCCGUAGGGCCCAGAGAUCUCAUUCAGCCGCCGAUCGCUACACGCGACGAGGCGGUGGAGGUGGCUCUGGACAGUCAUCUCUUAUUGGCUCCAAUGAGUUUGAUCAAGGAGGAAUGGUGAACCCGAAUCGACGUCCCUCCCGGUAA